UUAGAUUUCUCAUAGUUGCAGUAUCAUCGAAAAAGACGUUAUGUUUCCUUACAUGGUUUUAAUACUAUUUUUCCUGCGAGUUACAAUAGCCGAUGUAGGAGCCAAUGGCAUACCUUUAAGUUGUAACGGAUCUCAACCAGCAGUAAGAAUAAACGGUAUACUUAUGAGAAGCCAGGCAUGCGAUGUAAAAUCAGAGCGAAAUUUCAUUGGUUGCAAUAAAGAUAUGUUACAAGAUUCAAUAUUGAGAGCGUGUCCAACUACAGUGGCGUGUUAUCCGAUAUUCAACCUUCUUCAGGAAUUAGCGAGUAAAGCUAUCGAAAAUGCACAAAAAAGAAAAUUAUUUUUAAAAUACUCCGAACAGGCUGCUAAAAUGAUAUUUGACAUACGUGGCGACGAGUAAAUCGCAUUGUUUGUAAAAGCUGAUUCUAACGUUAAAUACGUCUGAACAUUAAAAAUCAUAUGCUAUAUUCUUUUUUAUUCUAUGUAAACGAUAUUUUUAUCAAAAACGUAUUCUUUCCAAUUUA